CUCUCUCUCUCUCUCUUCCUCGCUUUUCUUUUUCUCAGCUUAUUUACACCAAAAACCCUCCGCUAAUUUAUCGGAACUGGUUUUCUAGAUCACACUCUGUAUAUAGAUAGAUACACAUUAUAUACACAUACACACAUGAAGCGAGGUUAUCAAGACUCUUCUUCUUCGGGUUCUUUAGGACCCCCUCACUCCAAAUUAAAGCAGAACCCUGACGGCGAUGACGAGUUUUUAGAAGACGAGACAACUAAAAUAUUUGCACAGAAAGUAGCUGAUCAUUACAGUGCAAGAACGAACCAGACUCUCGAAGAACGAGAAGCAAGCCCUAUUAUUCAUUUGAAGAAACUCAAUAACUGGAUAAAGAGUGUCUUAAUCCAGCUGUACGCCAAACGAGGAGACGCAGUUCUUGAUCUGGCUUGUGGGAAGGGCGGUGAUCUCAUCAAAUGGGACAAAGCGAGAGUUGGCUAUUACGUCGGCAUCGAUAUAGCUGAUGGCUCGAUAGAAGACUGUCGUACUCGAUAUAAUGGUGAUGCAGACCAUCAUCAACGUCGAAAGAAGUUCUCCUUUCCAGCUAGACUCGUUUGUGGAGACUGCUUUGAGGUUCCGCUGGAUAAGAUUCUUGCAGAAGAUGCUCCGUUCGACAUUUGCAGCUGCCAGUUUGCCAUGCAUUACUCAUGGUCUACUGAGGCACGUGCAAGGCGGGCCUUGGCCAACGUAUCGGCUUUACUUCGGCCAGGUGGCAUUUUUAUUGGAACAAUGCCAGAUGCAAAUGUCAUUAUCAAAAAGCUUAGAGAAGCUCAGGGGCUAGAAUUUGGUAAUAGUGUGUACUGGAUCAAUUUCGAUGAAGAAUUCGAAAGCAAGAAAUUUAAGACGAAAAGUCCCUUUGGCAUCAAGUACAAGUUCCAUUUGGAGGAUGCUGUGGAUUGUCCCGAGUGGGUUGUACCUUUUCACGUCUUCAAAGCAUUGGCUGAAGAGCAUGAUUUGGAGUUAGUAUUCGUCAAAAACUCACACGUGUUUGUGGGCGAGUACUUGAAGAAACCCGAAUUUGUCGAGCUCAUGCGUAGGCUCGGUGCUUUGGGUGACGGCAAAGACGACCAAAGUACACUAUCGCCAGACGAAUGGGAUGCCGCCUACUUGUAUCUUUCUUUCGCAUUAAGAAAGAGAGGACAACCAGAUCAGGGGAGAGUGAACAGUAGAAGAGACAAAGGUAAGAUGCAGCUAUCGAAGGAGGAUAUAUUAUACAUCAACGGCAAUACUGUGUAACAAUGCUACAAUGAUUUCACAUUUUCAAUCACGAACCCGACAACGCAAAUGACUUGUGAGGGUGGGUAGGACUGAUGGAAUUACCGAUAUGCCAUUAGCAGCAACUUCUCCUCGAUUGUUGCAUAACAGAGCAGCUUGUCGACCGAAAUGUGCCUUAUACUUUGAGUUGUUGUUGCUUCCCUUUUUUUUUUUUUUUUUCUUGUCUAAUUACUUUUGUACCUGGAAUAAUUGGUGACUGGAUUACAUGGUUGUAACCAAAUAUUGAAUUUUGUUUCUAUGAAGUACAAUAAAUGAUUUAAUAUAGGGUAAAUUACUGCCA